CUCGGAGGCGUGCGGCUUGGAGGGGGAGUAACGGCCGUUGGCGACCUGAGGGGCGGACUCGCAGCUCUCUGGUGGGUGCUUCGGUGGCUGCGUUCUGGGAGAGUGAGAGAUUUCGCCGCCCUCUCUCAGGCCCGAUUGUCUCAGGUAACAGAUGGCCAUGCAAGAGAAGUUCCCGAAUGACAGGUCCUCCCAUGCCGUUUCACCAGUUUCCAGUGUGAUUCAGAAAGGCAAUUCCCUGGGAACUGAAUGGCAGACACCAAUUAUAUCAGAGCCCUUUCGAAGCCGCUUCAGCCGCUGUUCAAGUAUAGCUGAUAGUGGGGACACAGCCAUUGGUACAUCAUGUUCAGACAUUGCAGAGGAUUUUUGCAGUUCAAGUGGCAGCCCUUCCUUCCAGCCUAUCAAAAGCCAUAUCACCAUCCCAACAGCUCAUGUGAUGCCAUCUACUUUGGGGGUCUCUCCUGCCAAGCCAAAUUCUACACCUGCUGGACCCUCUUCUUCUAAGCUUCCUUUGUCAGGAUUGGCUGAAAGUGUGGGGAUGACAAGAAAUGGAGACUUUGGUGCAGUGAAACGUUCUCCAGGCCUAUCAAGAGAUCUCAUGUAUCUCUCUGGUGCUACUGGAGAAAAUGGGAUUCAGCAGUCCUGGUUUCCAGCAGUGGGCCAUGAAAGAGAGAGCGAGAUGAGGAAAUUUGAUAUUCCUAGCAUGGAAUCUACUCUUAACCAGUCGGCCAUGGUAGAGACAUUGUAUUCAGAUCCCCACUUCCAAUGCCACUUCUCCAACCCAAGAUCUGAUACAAACAAGGAGUUAUACAAAGUAUUACCAGAGUCCAAGAAGGCACCAGGCAGUGGUGCAGUAUUUGAGCGGAAUGGGCCACAUACUAGCAACAGUGGGGUGGUCCCUUUGGGACUCCAGCCUGCUCCUGGGCUCUCCAAGCCACUAUCCUCUCAGGUGUGGCAACCAAGUCCUGAGCCUUGGCAUCCUGGAGAACAGUCUUGUGAACUCAGUACUUGUCGGCAACAGCUGGAAUUGAUUCGUUUACAGAUGGAACAAAUGCAGCUUCAGAAUGGAGCCAUCUGUCACCGCCCUGCUGCUUUUGCUCCUUUACUACCCACCUUAGAGCCAGCACAGUGGAUCAGCAUCUUGAACAGUAAUGAGCAUCUUCUGAAGGAAAAGGAGCUCCUCAUUGACAAGCAGAGGAAACAUAUCUCUCAACUGGAGCAGAAAGUACGAGAGAGUGAACUACAAGUCCACAGUGCCCUUUUGGGCUGCCCUGCCCCCUUUGGGGAUGUCUGCUUGUUGAGGCUACAGGAAUUGCAGCGAGAAAACACUUUCUUACGCACACAAUUUGUACAGAAGACCGAAGCCUUGAGCAAAGAAAAGAUGGAGCUUGAAAAGAAACUAUCUUCUUCAGAAGUUGAAAUGCAGCUCAUCAGGGAGUCUCUCAAAGUGACACUACAAAAGCACUCAGAAGAAGGGAAGAAACAGGAAGAAAGGGUCAAAGGUCGUGAUAAACAUAUCAAUAAUUUGAAAAAGAAAUGUCAGAAGGAAUCAGAGCAGAACCGGGAGAAGCAACAGCGUAUUGAGACCUUGGAGCGCUACCUAGCUGACCUGCCCACCCUGGAAGACCAUCAGAAACAGAGCCAGCAGCUUAAGGAUGCUGAGUCAAAAAGCACAGAACUGCAAGAGAGAGUGACUGAACUGGAGACUUUGCUGGAGGAGACCCAGGCAGCCUGCAGAGAGAAGGAGGUUCACCUGGAAAGCCUGAGACAGAGAGAAGCAGAAUUCUCUGCUAGACAUAGCCUGCAAGAUAAGCAGUCUGUGGAAGAAGCCAGUGGAGAAGGUCCCAGAGUGGAAAUGGAGGCCCGGCAGAAGGAAUAUGAUUCCCUCCGAAAGAUUGUAGAGAAGCAACAGCUGAAGAUGGAGCAGUUGCACUCACAAGUACAGAGCCUAAAGCAAGAAGUGACUCAAGAAGAAGGAAUAAGCCAGGCCUUGAGAGAGGAGGCCCAGCGGAGGGAGACAGCGCUGCAGCAGCUGCGUACAGCUGUGAAGGAGCUAUCAGUGCAAAACCAGGACCUGAUUGAGAAGAAUCUGACACUGCAGGAACAUCUGCGCCAGGCCCAACCAGGGUCCCCAUCUUCACCUGAUAUAGCCCAGCUGGCGUUUGAACUGCACCAGGAGUUGGCCAGUUGCCUUCAAGAUCUGCAGGCUGUCUGCAGCAUCGUGACCCAGAGGGCCCAGGGCCACGACCCCAAUCUCUCCCUGCUGCUAGGCAUUCACUCCACACAGCACCCAGGGACUCCGCUAGAUUUGCAGAAGCCAGAUGUGAUGAGGAGAAAACUGGAAGAAGUUCAACAGUUGCGUCAUGACAUUGAGGACUUAAGGACCAGCCUGUCAGACAGAUAUGCCCAGGACAUGGGAGACAACUGUGCUACACAGUGAGGAAUGCCAGAGAGAACCUAAGCUGCUGGGAGCCUAGCCAGAACCUUCCUGCCCUGACAAUUCUGCUGCUGCACCCAGAGGGGAGGAAUUGGGGAACGCCUGCAUCUGUGGCCAGGGCUUGUUGUGCGAAGUCUGCCUGCUUUGCUGCACACUGGCUUUGCCUUAUUGGGUUGUGUUUUUCCUGUUAUCUCAAUUCACUCUAAAAGGGUGAGUUACUAAUUAACCUUUUUUCAGAUUUUUAACUGAUAAGGUCCUCAGAAAUUGUUCCCAGCUAACUGACAUCAAAGGCAAACAGGCUGCAUAGCUCCCCUCUCCAUCUUCAGAAUGGAUCCACAUUCAUUCCUCCUCCAUAUUUUGAUCCACCUGGUGCUCAGAAGAGGGGCUUGGAAAGGCUGAGUAGGAGUAGCAGUCACCUUUUAAGAAGUCUCAGCCCCAGUAGAUCAGCCUUCCUGGGAACUGAGCUGGGCUUCCUGGAUUUUCUCAGGUUCCAGCCAGCUGCUGCUUCCUCAGAGCUGUUUUCACAGAAGCCUCAGGGUCAUCUCAUUAGCAAAAUUCUCACUAGGAAUCAGGGUUUAGGGGUUACCGAGUGCUCCUUAAUCUGCCUGUUGUGCCAUCUUUUACCAGAGACUUCUUAGCUGCCCUGUGUCCCUAGACCCCAGGCAUGUGAUCAGCAUGGUCUCUUUUGUUCUCAGGCCUUCCAGGUAGCCAGUUUUGGGGGCCUGAGUGCAGACUCCUUUGUGGUGCUGGGUUUGGGCAGAAGUUUCUCCCAGAAAACCACAGAGCAACUAUGAAACUGCUCCCCUUCUCCAGGGCUGGGACCUGUGGCUCGCCCUCUGGUUUUUGCCUCUCUUGUUGGGUUUGGGAAGCUUUUCUUUUCCUGCUCUGGACUCCUUGUGAGUUCAGAGUAUCUAGUAUGGGUCAGUUCUAAGGUAAAGUGUUCAGUGUUUCCUCCGGUCCCAUGUAUUUUUCUGGGGCCUUUGGAUUCUGCUUUCUGGUUUUUCUUGCUUCCUGGUUUGGGGAGCAUCUCACAGUUGUUAGUAUCUGGUUCUUGGGCCAGCCUUAGGUCUCCUAGUUCUGGAGCCAGGCCAGCAGAGGGGUAGGGGUGUGUGUGUGUGUCUGUCUGUCUGUCUGUCUGUCUGGAGCCAGGCCAGCAGAGGGGUAGGGGUAGGGGUGUGUGUGUGUGUGUGUGUGUGUGUGUGUCCAGCAGAGGGGUAGGGGUGGGUGUGUGUCUGUAGAGCAAAGCAGUUGAUGGCUGCAGAGGCAGCCAUAACCAGACUUGCUAAGCUCUGGGCUGCUAGAAGGAUCUUGGACCUCACUCCAGGGCCUGUGUAGACCUUCUUGAAAGUGUUUUCACGGGUUUAUGUUUUAUUUAUGGAGUGACUUAGCCCUUCCCUUCAGAGCAGCCUCACCCACCUGGCCACCCUUGGCCUCUGGGCUCCUGCCUCCUAAAGACAGAGCUGUCUGGUUGGUCCCCACCCUAUAUGGGAGCCCAGCCAUUAUGCUCACGGGUAUUUUUUCUUCAUAACGUUUAUAAGCAGUUAUUUAUAUAAAUCUUUGUUAUGUCAAUUGGUUUGUAUUGCCUAUUUUGAUUAUAGAA